AUGGCCAGACCGCCGCGCACCGUCGUGGACUUGGUACGAGACUCCACGCCAUACCAUGCCGCUCACCCUCUUUUUGGCGGGCAGCUGAGCUCCAACCCUACCCAGAACCUAACGCUUCAGUCCAAGGCAGGCAGCACAACACUGUAUCACGCCUUGGUUGUCAUGAUGAAGAGCAAGGCCCUCCUCACUGUUGCUCUCUCCGGCCUCAUUGGACUCUCCCAUGCCAGCUGCGCGAACAACUGUGCUAGAGCCAUCAUUGCAUCGGCCUUCCCUACGAUACAUGGCGCACAAGACUGCUCGUCUUACUUGGCAAGCACUGUUACGCCGGCGACUGUUACCUUUACCCACACUGCGAUCGCUACACUAGUCGCCUCUGGCCCGACUACCCGUGUCACUGUCACCGAUACCACGACGGUCUCAACAGAGACAGAUGUGUCUACCACAGAGGUUGUCGUCGUGUCUACAGAAGUAGAUACUCUGACGUCCACCGAGACCGUCACUCUUUCCACGGAAACCGAUGUUGUCCCCGCAACAAUCACCGUAACGGGUGCUGCUGCGGUGCUCGAUGUUGCGCCCCGUGGUGACGGACUGACUUUCCCGACUUAUGCGUCAGCCUGCUCCUCUUUCGCGAAGUACUCUUCGGCCUGCAUCACCUGUCUCAGCGUGACGCCCGUCACAUACACCGCCGCCGCCCCGUCCACCACCGUGACGGUGACGAUCUCGACGACGUCGACUCUGCCGGCUUCCAACAUCACCGAGACCGUGACCGAAAGCGUGACGGCCACUACAUCCACAACGACCACGAAGACGUCCAAAACGACCAUCACGACAUCCACGACGGAUGUUCAGUCCUUGUUUGUGACAGCCACGACACUGGUUACCAGCACCAGCACCGCCGUGGUCACGUCGACGUCUCCCGCGGCAGCUCAAGACACAGGCUUCUGCCUCAAACUCAUCUCGACGAAUGCAGCGCUGUCCAGUCGAGUCGUGACACAACAGGCAUCAGGAGGCACCUUCUACGUCCAAGACAAAGACACCACCACGUACACCGUCGUCAAGUACGCCCUGAACGCCACCACCGGCUACCUGAACUCCAUCACCUACCCCGGCUAUAUCAUGGCCGCCUCCCUGUCGACGCUCAAAUACACGAACCUGUACGGGAAGCCGGAGACAACAGUCUUGGCAGAACCCAACUACUUCUCGCCAGUGGUCUGUUCGCUUGCUGCUACCACCACCACCACCUCGGGCUCUCCAUAUAUCCGCUGCUCGGCAUCCUGGGGAGCGACCAACUGGUCCCAGUUCCAGGACCGCAGCGCCUACGACCUGUUGUACAUCACCACGUCCGAUUUCGUCGACGCGAAUUACGACCCUGUCGAUCUCGGCAUCUUCUACGGAGACGACUGCGCUGCUGCAACCUCCGGCUGA